AUGUCCUGUGAGAAGUGCCAGAAGAAUUUCAAGACACUGCGUCUCCUAAAACAACAUGAAAGAACCCACAAUACUAUUUGUGAAAAAUGCAAUAUUACUUUCAAGAGUCACAAUCAUCUGAAGCAACACACAAGAGAUCAUCAUCCAAAGAUGAAGGACUUCAAAUGCAGAGUUUGUCCAGAUUCUGUUUUUGUCUCAGAAAAAGAAUACCUUCUACAUGUGAGAGAUUAUCAUGAAGGAAAAAUCAUUGAGUCCCAUAUGUGUAGUGAUUGUGGCAAAACAUUUCGCACUGGGUCUGAACUCAGUUUACACAUGAAAUCUAAAUGUGGUACUGAGAAGCAGUAUAUCUGCAAGGAAUGUGGAAAAAAGAUGAUGUCUCCAGGUUCCCUGUACACACAUUUAAAAAGGCACAAAGGGAAUUUGAAUUUUAUGUGUAGAUUUUGUGCCAAACGUUUCCUUACAUCAGGGCAACUGAAAGUGCAUGAGAGGAAACACACAAAACAGAAAGAUUUUGUGUGUGAUAUUUGCAGUAAGGGAUUUUGCCACCGCCAAAGCUUGAUUACCCACAUUUCUGUCCAUACUGGUAUCAAACCAUACCAAUGUGAAGGUUGUGGAAAAUCAUUCAGUUGCAUAAGCAAUCUCUUGAAACACAGAAAAUCACAUAAAACCACUUGUGGGACUCUUCCAAUGACAUCACACAGGGUGAAAAAUCCUGCCACAAAAAUAAAAUUGAGAAUUAACACUCCAGAAUCUUCAAAGUUGAAAAGGGCACAGAUGAAGAAAGAGUUGGAAAUGAAGUUUGCUGAGUUAGAUGAAGAAAUUAAAGAGGAGGAUAUUGAGAAUACUGUAUUAGAGAAAAGUGAGGCUGAUGAUAAAAAUCCUGUGAAAGAAGAAGUACAAGCUAUGUCAUGUGGAACUAAAAAAUCAAUACCAGAAGAGACAGAUCUCAUUGAAGCAAAAAAUGAACCUAUUGAUACUAAUUUUGAUGAAGACAGAAUUAAUAAUAUUGAGGAAAAUAAAUUUGGAACUGAAACUGAAGAAAAUAAUCUCAGUGUGGACAAGAAUCCUCAUGAAAUUGAGGAGACAUUGAGGAUACAUAGCAAAGAAACUAAACCUGAGCAAUAUUCACCUAAAAAAACAACAAGGAAAAAGAAUCCACACCAGAUACAAAAUGAGGUGUUUUCUGGUGAUAUUAAAAAAUGUGAUCUUAAUAAUGGCAAUUUUGAUGUGGAAGAUUUUGAUAUGCCAGAUGAAAUAGAAUCUGACAUAUCAGAAAUUGAGUCUGAAGAGGAAUACAAGCCUAAUAUACGAAAAAGAAAGGGAAAACCUAGACAAAAAAAGAGGAGAGAUCAGUUUCUGGAUAGUGAUAUUCAGAAAUUCAUUAGAGAAAGGAAUCUUGUGAAAGGUGUGAUGGGACAUUGCCAAUACUGCUCCAAGGGGUACACCAGCUUUGGUUGUUUGUAUAAACAUGAACAAGAACAUUCCAACAGUCAAAACAGCUCUAAAGAGUCAAAAACAGCAUCUCACAAGUGCAGUUGUUGUAGGAUGGUUUUUGAGACAUCAGAAGAAGUCAAAAAUCACCAGCAUGCUAAUCAUGCAGAUAUACUAUCGUGCCCCGAAUGCCCGGACAGGAUCUUUUCGCGUCCCGACUACCUCAAACUCCACCGCGACAACUACCACAAGGGCGUGCCCCGCAAGCACUAUGUCUACAUAUGCGACAAGUGCGGCAAAAAGUUCCGCGCCAAAUGUCUCCUCACCCAUCACGAGACCACCGAUUGCGGCAAAAGCAACAAGGACGGCUGCCACAUUUGCCACAAGCAGUUCUCCAAUCAGUACACCCUCAAAGCGCACAUGGUGGUGCACAGCGCGGAAAAGAAGUUGGCUUGCGCCUUUUGCGGCAAAACGUUCCACUGGAAGGGCCAGCUGAAGGUGCACGAGAGGUCGCACACGGGAGAGAAGCCCUACACCUGCCUCUUCUGUCCCAGCUCGUUCGCUUACAGAGACAGUUUGAUCAGGCACAGCUCGUUGCACACGGGGGUGAAGCCGUACCUGUGCAAAUGCUGCGGCUGGAGGUUCAGCUGCAUCGGCAACCUCAUCAAGCACAAGGUGACCCACGCGACCAGCUGCGGUGCUUGGUACAAGGAAAACGACAAGGAAACGACCGCGUGAAUUUCCGAUUGUACUGCGGACUGUUUUCUGAUAUUUGCGUUGUACAGGGUGAUUCACCAUAA